CGGCCCGAUGCAAACUCCAGUGCUCCCUCGAACGGCGGCACAGUUCGAGCUCUUUUCUCGCGUUCCGUCAAACGGUUAACGAGACGAGCCUCGUGAUGGGAGCUGACCGGCAGAUCGUAAUCGGCAGCGAGUUAUUGCCGCGGUAGCCGCGAUUCUCUCGUCGAACGCGAUCAGACUUCGAAUAGACCAAUUAAAAAUAUAUUUUCUCAAGAGGGCCAUUCGAGGGAUGAAGUGAAAAAAAUAAGGGGAGGGAAGAAUGAAAAGAAGCGAUAAAAGAGGAUAAAAGCUAGCCAGUGCGCUCGUGUAUUUGUUUGUUCGUGUGCGUUACGUUUUCGAAGUGAAUGUGCUACGGAAAAGGAGAAAGGAAAAUAAAUGAAAGGAUAAUUGGCCAGGAAAUCUCGAAUGCCAGUGAAAAGGGAAACGGAGGAAAAGACAAAGCAAAAAAGUCGGAUAAAGGACGUCGUCGAACGCGCGGAGUGAUAUAUAAUUGAAGAAUUGGAAAAAGCCAGGAUGAUCGCCAUUAUGAAGUAAAAUCAUUUGUUUUCGUGCGGGGGCGGUGGGCCGGGGGCGCUCGGUUCGGAGUCGUCGAGACGCUUCUCAAAGAGCAUUAGCCAAAAAUAACGGGUGAAAAGCCCCGAUAAAGAUAUAAUCACGAUUGGAGGGAAAAGUGUGAAGAAAUCGAGGAGAAAAGGAUCGUCCCGAACGGACCAGGCCGGGGAGGCCAAGUGGAAGAUUUUUCAUUCAUCUCGUAGAGAUGAAUAGAAUGGGAAUGAUGAGGGUGGAACGGUCAACGACGACGGUGUCGUAGCUUAUCGAGAUUAAAGAUUUACGAUCUCGGAUAAGGAGACGAGUCGGAAAAGGAAAAACGAGAACGGAAAGAAACAGAGGGAGUUAGUGUGCGCGCGCGCCCGUGUGUGCGUGUGUGUCAGUGUGCGUCCGUGUGCGGGCCUAUGUUUAUGCCUGAAUGCGUGGAUGCAUGUAUGUCGGUGUUUCGAAUAGAGAGAGGGAGAGAGAGAAGGAGAAGGAGAAAUAAAUAAAAAUAAAGCAAGGAUGUCAGGAAAUUAUUCAGUCAAAUGCGAAGAGGGUUUGGUGGUGCCGCUAUGGAGUCCUUCGAACAAUUUGAAUCUGAUAGAUAUUAUAUUCCGCGGUAUAGUUUACUUUCUACUUCUACUAUAUUUGUUUAUCGGUGUGUCGAUAAUCAGCGAUCGAUUUAUGGCCGCGAUAGAAGUCAUAACGUCUCAAGAAAAAGAAUUGGUGGUACGUCGUCAAGGGAGAGAACCGCAAAUCGUAGUCGUCCGAGUAUGGAACGAGACAGUCGCGAAUUUGACACUGAUGGCGUUGGGGAGCAGCGCGCCAGAAAUUUUACUUUCGAUAAUCGAAAUAUGGGCGAAAAAUUUUCAAGCCGGAGAAUUGGGCCCCGGCACGAUAGUCGGAUCCGCGGCCUACAAUCUAUUCGUUAUCAUCGCACUGUGCGUUUUCGUAAUACCGAACGGUGAGACUCGCAAGAUCAAACAUCUACGGGUUUUUUUCGUCACAGCAACCUGGAGCAUAUUCGCUUACGUAUGGCUUUACAUAAUACUCGCUGUCUCGAGCCCCGGUGUACUCGAGGUCUGGGAAGGCAUCCUCACAUUCUCCUUUUUUCCUGCCACCGUGUUGACCGCCUACGUAGCAGAUCAACGCCUACUCAUUUACAAAUAUUUACACAAGGGCUAUCGCAUGAACAAACGAGGCGUUAUCGUACAGGGGGAAGCUGGCGAUUCGGAAAUCGGUGUAGAGCUUGAAAUAAAAGCACAACAAGAGAGCAUCAAUGGGAUGGUUACUUCCGGUGAACGUUUGGGCGACGCGGACACGCCCGAAGCCCGCGAAUUCGAACAAACUCGACGCGACUACAUAAACACCUUACGGGAGUUGCGCAAAAAGUAUCCGAUUCUCAGCCUCGAACAACUCGAGGUUAUGGCCCACGAGGAAGUGCUUGGCAAAGGACCGAAAAGCCGCGCUUUUUAUCGCGUACAAGCGACAAGGAAAAUGGUUGGAGCCGGUAACCUCAGUCGGAAAAUUAGCGAACGCGCUCAAAGCGAUCUCAGCGAGGUCAAGGCCGAACUCCAACGCGCUGAGGCCGAAAGCAUCGAUAUCGAACACGUUAAUGCUACCAGGGUCUUCUUCGAACCCGGACAUUAUACUGUCAUGGAAAACGUUGGAACUUUCGAAGUUGGCGUAACACGUGUCGGCGGUGAUCUCAACAAAUCGUGCACCGUCGAUUACUGUACUGAGGAUGGCUCUGCCGAAGCCGGAUCCGAUUACGUUCCCGCUAGCGGCACUCUCGUAUUCGAACCCGGUGAAGUUCGGAAAACUAUCAAACUUUCCGUCAUCGAUGACGAACUCUUCGAGGAAGACGAACAUUUUUACGUCAGACUGACGAAUUGUUCGCAGCCAGCAAUGCUCGUUUCACCGAGUCUUGCCACGGUGAUGAUUCUCGACGACGAUCACAGUGGAAUAUUUGGCUUUCCGGAACGAGAUAUCGAGCUCGUCGAGAGUGUUGGCCAAUAUCCAUUGCGAGUUGUACGUUACAGUGGAGCACGAGGGCGGGUCGUACUCUCUUAUCGGACUGUCGAGGGUACUGCCAAACCUGGCAAACAAUAUCAACACAGCGAGGGCAGCCUUACAUUCGAGGAUAAUCAGACUGAGAAGACUAUAAAUCUGACGAUAAUCGAAGAGGACUCGUACGAGAAGGAUGCCCUCUUCUAUGUAGAACUCAGCGAACCACAGUUGCAAGGAGCUGAUGCAGGAUUAGCAGCUGCCGCAGAACUUAAACAACCGGACGAACGUACGGAGGAAGAAAAAAUGGCGCUUUUGGGAAGACCGAGACUCGGAGAAGUUUCUACUGCCCAAAUACGCAUCAAGGAGUCCAAAGAGUUCAAGAACACCGUUGACAAACUCGUUCAACGGGCCAACGCCUCCAUAUUGCUCGGUACGAGCUCGUGGAAGGAACAAUUUACGGAGGCUUUGAUGGUCAGCGGUGGCGAUGACGACGAGGCGGGUGAAGAUUCCGGCUCAGGUGGUCCGGGCGAGGUGAGAUCGUCAUCCCCUUCUGUGGCGGACUAUCUCAUGCACUGUCUCACAAUAUUCUGGAAGGUUCUCUUCGCUUUCGUUCCACCGACCGACAUUGCCGGUGGCUACUUGUGCUUCGUCGUCAGUAUUUGUGGGAUCGGUGUCGUCACAGCGAUCAUCGGGGAUGUUGCGUCGUAUUUCGGAUGCACACUCGGCAUUAAAGACUCCGUUACCGCGGUUGCCUUCGUCGCACUCGGGACCAGCAUUCCUGAUACAUUCGCGAGCAAAGUGGCCGCUUGUCAGGACAAGUAUGCUGAUGCGAGUGUUGGCAAUGUGACCGGAAGUAAUGCGGUCAACGUCUUCCUAGGUAUCGGCAUCGCGUGGAGUAUCGCUGCCAUGUAUCACGCUUAUCACGGCCAACAAUUCUUAGUUAAUCCUGGAAAUUUGGCGUUUUCGGUGACACUUUUCUGCACGGAAGCAUGCCUGGUUGUGGUGGUGCUGUUCUUGAGGCGUUCCAAGAGGAUCGGUGGUGAGCUCGGUGGUCCAGCUCUGCCGAAGAUCAUAACGUCGAUAUUUUUGUUCUCGCUGUGGAUCUUUUAUCUGAUAAUGUCGACUUUGGAGGCCUACGAUCUUUUGCCUUACCAGCAAACCAACUGAUCCUGCUGUUCGUACUUGAUAUCGCCAACAGCUCGAGCAAGAGCUAGCUCAACAAAUGGCCUACGCGACUAUGUUCGCAGCCAGUCGGAGAGUCGAGAACGGAAAUUAACUUGGGCAAAGAUCCUCGAGGCCAUCGGGGCAAACGCGAAUUAUCCAUCACGUCCGAUGAGCCUCGUCAUGUUUUCACGGUUUUCCUGAAAAUUCAAGCAUUCACGAAAUUUGGCGAUCUCGAUGAAAACCACCGUGUCAAAUGGAAGCCCAACAUUUUUCCGAUGCCCAACAUGCACACGAACAUCUUCAAUAUUUUUUUUCCCACUUCAUUCGUUCUUGCUGUUUCCAGUAUUGCGAAUGAAGCUACGCGACGAAAAACAUUCGACACGGAAACCACGAAAGAAACUUGACUCAACGAGGCCAGCUGAAGCUUCAACGUUUUUUCCUCCCUUCCCCCUCUUACGUAUUCACGAAAAUCCUGGGCGAAAAUGAUAUUUCCAAGAUUUACUUUGCAACUUGAAUACUACAAGUUUGAUAAGGAAAAAUAAAUAUCCUCACUUCAGCUGUUCAAAGUGAAGCGCAUAACUAUCGCCCUUUUGCCCUGCAAGCAGUCGGGAGCAGGAAAAAAUAUCGCUAUAAUCGAUCGAAAUAUCAACGAUCUAGUGAAAGAAUCAAGAAAAUUCAUAAAAAAUUACAUUUCUUGGAUUUCGAUCUAGUGACGAGUGUGUGUUUGUGCUUUCGAAACUCCGUUGCAUUGAAACGACCCGUUGAGAAACUCCUUCUAAUUGUCGUUUUUUUUUUUUUUUUAUUGAAAAAAUAAUUUUCAUUGGUGGGUUUUAGAAAAAUAUUACACCGGGAAGAAUGAAAGUAGUAUUGAAAUCGGCCUUUUAAAAGACCUUUCAUGAUAGCGAAUGCAAAAUAAAGACGGUGAAAAAGGUUCGGUAACUCGAUUCUCUGAGGUCGGACGAAUACUUCGUUUUUGUGUGAAAUUCUGGUUGGUCGAAAUGAACGAAAAUACCUCGUACGUAAGUAGCAUAAAAAGUAAUAAAAUUGAACGUUUUAAAUGAAAGUUUGACAAAUAUUUUAGUAGUGAGGUAUAUUUGCAAUUCUUUUGAUCUGCCAGAGAACGAAUAACGGCUAAUUUUGUAUAACGCGUUUAGAAUUAGAUCCCCAAUGUGGCAUUAGUUGUUAAGGAGGCAGGAGGGCGAGGUAGAGUUAUUAGAACACGCCGUAUUUCAGCAUUGUGUAUGAAAAAAAAAUUGACGAAUCUGAUAAAAGCGUAUAUCAAGUUCCGGGGAAUCGACGAAAAUAUCGUGCGAGAAUGUGCGAGGUAAAUUUACGAAAUGAUAGAAAAGUAACCAGGAAAGGAGCAAAAGUAUUUUAACCCUAUGAACGCAGAGGUUGUCUCGCGAAUGAACGCGUUGAAUUUCACGUCGACAGAAUAUCGCGAUCAACGAGCAACGAGAUUUCGCGCAAAAUUUCACUGUGAAGGAAAAAAAAAUGAGAAACAAGUCGAAGAGUCGAAAAAUUGUCACGAAAUGCAAAAAAUUCGAGGUUCGAGUACCAAAUACGUAGGAGGUUAAUGGAUUUUCAGAAUCCGCCGAAUUUGCGAGGCGCGUCGUUGAAGAAAGGCACGAAAAUUUCGAAUCCCAGUGUUUCGUUGUCUUCGAGAGAAUCAUUCCUGAAGCUAACGAUUCAGGAGAAAAAAUCUGUUCCACGACAUUCCGACGUUUGAGGCUCUUCAUUGCGGUAUGAGAUCGAGGAACGGAGAGAAUAAAAGGCAAAAAACGAGAGAGAAUAAAAAUAGAAGUAUCGAUUGUCGUGAUUGCGAGGCGCGCGGCCUUCGUUCAAAAGUAAAAAAUUUCGUCGUUCUUCACUGCCUUUGAUCGAGGGUCGCAUGCCUCCGACGAGCUUUAAAAUAAACGACGAUAAAAAUAAAAACGUCUAUUUAAAUAAAAAUGAAUUAAAAUCUAUCGGAUAUCAAUAAUAGGGGAGUUAAUAAUAAUGAAAAGAAAAAUGAUCGUCGAUCAUGACGACAGACGAGUGAGUUCGAUCCGUUGGAUCAUUAUUUAGCAAAUCCAAAUACGUUGUCACAAAUAUGAAAUAAAAAAUAAAAAAAAAAAAAAAACAACAAAAUGAAUGAGUUACCAACAAUGUGCAUGUACGUGUGUAAUGGUUACGAAUAUUUAUAACGAAUUCACAGCUUAUAGAAAAAUUUCGUAGAUUCCUUCAACGGAAACGUAAUUAAUGGAAACAUUUAAACAAAACAAAAAAUAAAUCAAUGUGUAAAAUCUUACUAAUGAUACCACUUCUGGGUAACAAACAUUUUCCGUGUUCAUAUAAUAAUGUCUUCGACGGCUAAUCGCGUGGAGUAUAAUCUCGCAAAACUGUAUAAAAUAUUCGCAGAUCUAUAAUCCUUUCGAGAAUUGCGCAUUUUAUUGCUCUCAGCAAUAAUCCCAAUUUUCAACUCCUUCGAUCUUUGACUCCGGUUCCAAUGGACUCGUUGCUUAAUCCUUCGUUCAAAUAAGCCCCGAAAUUUUCGGGUUUUGGACAACCGGAAGUGAGGGCAAAACAACAGUAAAGGAGCUUCCGUUUACUGUGGAAGGAUGUUGCGCUGCUGUCAAAGAACAUCUUCCAACGAGUCAAAACGCCCUUCCCACUUUUAUGCAUGCUCCCCCACGAAAUAACGCGUGUUCUCUCUCCCUCUCUUUCUCUCUUCCUCCACUGGUUUUCCCCGGAGCGAUUUAGUGCCGCGGAACGACGUGUUAUCCUGCAUUUGAUACGUUUAGCUGGCUGAACUUUCUCGAAAAGCCAGAAGUUCCUAGCGCGACAAGGCUCGAGCUUUUCGCCAACGAAGAGGAGGAAAUCAGAGGGGAUGAAUCAGUGGGAAAAGCGAGCGAAAGGGUGCAAGAGACGGGAAGGAAAGAGAUGGAAAAACGGAAGGUUUGUUUCACCCAAGGUGUUUGCACUCCUUGACGAGUUUUCCCGCCCAUCUCCAAGGCGAGUUCCCUCAACAUUAUUUGUCUAUUUCAUUGAUGAGAUGAAAUCACAUUUCUGUAAAAAUAAUCCAACAGAAACUAAACGGUUCGAGACGUACGGAGGAGACGAACUUUUUUGAAGCGAGAGUCGAACUAUAUCGUACAGUGAAUCGUCGAUUUUUCAUUCUACUAUUUUCCCCUUUAGUCAAUGCCUCCGGGCGCCUGGCUCGGGACAGGGCCGGCGUUUCCCCCACCGCCGAGGCCUGCCAAUCACGAGGAGGCUCACGCGUGUGCUUGCGCAGCUCGCUUCUUUUUUGGUAGAAAGAGGAUUCCAUAAAAUUUCGAGGCACACAUCCCGGAGCACGUGAAAGCAAUCGCAACGUCCUUCAAAUUUUCAAACUAUGGUUGGUGAGAAAAUAUACUUUAAAGAGAAUUAAAAUGAUGGAAAGAUAAUCAAAGAAAGAUUCAAAUUGUUUGUAGUCGUAAGAAUAAACACGUUGAGAAAUCAACGCGAAUAUAUGGAGGAAAAUAAAACGCAAAUACAAUCUCCUCGCUCGCGAAACCGUUGCGAGAUAGGGAAACAAUCAUGCUCUGAACGAAUUGAAUGACAUCGUCGGUUCGUGAAAACAAUAAUACGAACCCCCUUUAUAUUUGCUGCGGAGCAAAAAGGACAUAAUAUUUAUAAACCUUGAAAGAAGAAAAAAAGAAAAAAUAUCGUAUAUUUAUGUCGUUCCGACGUACUUAUCGAACGAUAAAUCACUAUUUUAAAUAAAUAAUAACCAUACUAGAGGUGAACGAAAAAAAUAAAAUAAAUUUGAACGAGCAAGGGUGGGGGUUGAAUUACAUAUUGAUAGAAAAGUACAGACACUCAACUAGCAAAGCGUUAAAGUGAUAAACCGUAAAUGAGAUCACGAAAGUGACCCAAGUUUCCGAAGUUUCGAUCGAUCAACAAACAAAGUUACGAAUAUUCUCAGAGUACCCGUUCCCUUAAUUCGUCAAUAUUUUGUCCCGGAGUAAUUCCUUUGUUAUGGACACAGGAGAGAAGUUGAAUUCGGGAAAAUAUAUUUUCCCAUUCGCGUUUAAAUAUGAGGAUGGGCUCCAAGCAUAUAUUUGUAGUUUAAUCAAAUGAGUUUGGCGUCAUGAGAAAGCAUCCACUCGCAACGCCUUUUUAACGAUCACAACAUAAUCGUCGUCGGAGCUCUCGGAAACCACCGGGAUCCGUCGAGUCUCUCUUUUCGCAUAAUCCAAACUAUUUCCUACAUCCGAAUUCAUUGAUAAUUAUUGUGAUUUAGUCUCGUGAGUAUUUUAACAAAAACAAAAGUGCGAAAACAUUGCACUGUCAGAGGAUUCGCAGUCAAAGCAUUCCGAGUAACUUGAGCACUUUUUUCAAUGGAUUAGCCAAAAAUGUCGUCGAUCAUUCCAGAGGUUGUGCUAGCAUCGUCUUUUUUCAGAAAACACGCAAUUCGGUCGUUCAAACUUUUAGUCGUUCUAAAUACAUUUGUUCUUCACUGGGCUAGAUAAGCAGAAGAAACGAAAACCAGUCGAGAGAAUCCGAUAAGAAUUUAUAACAAAAUAAAACAACGAUGCUGCGUAUAAUCUCACGGAAAAAACUUGAGCGUAUUGACGAGGAAAAAUUGAUAAAAAUCGACUGUGCCCUGUCUUUUUGAUUAACUGCUAGAUCGUUUGAGUUCGCACACGCCCAUUCGCUGUUCGAUCAUAACGACGUGAGAUUAGAGUUCGCAUUGAACGAUGAAAGGGUCGAGGUAAAUCGUGAGUCACUGUGUCUCGAGUUACAUAGGUAAUUACAAAAAAUCGAGGGGUAUUAAGGAAAAUUGAUAAAUCAAAUAACGAGUGAGAUAACGAUCUUGUUUAGCAGACAAGCUCGAAGAAAUCGUGAUUUAACUUUGACACUUUCGAUACAGCAAAUGCGAUGAUACGAAAAAAAAGAACGAUUUCACCGAGUCACAAAAUACAUAUAAAUCUAUAAAUAUACUCCAAAUGUCACGGUAGACAAGUUUAUGGGGAUUAUCUCGAUCAGAAGAUCGAGAGGAUGAGACGCGACGCGUUUACUUUCCAAUAAAAUGAAUCAUUAAUCGCUGUAGAGACCCAAUAUGCCUAUAAAUAUAUUCAUAUUUGAAAAAAAAAAUAAAUAAAUUUUAAAAAAAUAAUGAAUGGGACGUUCCGCACUGAAUCAGGCGUAUUUGGAAUUCGCAUUAUUUGGCGUGUUGAUUAAUUCUCUCAGGACCAACUGCCAGCAACUAACCGAUCGUUUUAUUGGGAUUUAUUUAAAAACCAGUUUUCUCUUUUGAAUUUUCACGCUUCGUUGGUCGAAAAUCGAGCCGAGAUGGGAGUCGAGAGACUCGUGGGAGUUUGAAUCCUUCUUUCAAAAUGUAUCCAGGCUCGAAAAUGCGUUGAAAAUAAUUGACAGAUGGCACUCAAUCCGUUUCGAGUGAAAUUUUCGUCCCCUUUCUUUCUGAUUUUUUAUCUUAUUUCCUACGAGAAACGAACAUUCACUUGACUAAUUUCAAUUUUCCCAAUUCCCUUGAAAAACUUUAUUUCGUCACCGUUGAAUCUUGCAACGCCGAUGAAAAAGUUCUGGCAGAGGAGCCUCUCGAAGAUGAACGAACCAACGGAACAGACAAUGCGGAUUAUAAAGGAGGUCGGUUCAGUUUGCACCCCCCUUACACAUACAUGAUAUGUAACGAUAAAAUAUAAAAAUAUAAAUAAAAUACUCACCGAUCAUUAUAAUAAAAUAUCGUUAUAAAAUAUAUUGUAACGAAGUGAUAAACUAAUUCUCCAUUUCCUACGGUUCUUUUAGACUAAUAUUUGGCAAAGAACGCAUUUUUCGCGAAGCCAAUCGCUGAUCUACACUCACGGGACCCCCACCCUAAAAAAAACAUGCGCACCAUCUUACAUUUCUUCCCUAACUUUUCAAAGGAAAGUAGAAAAUUUUAAGUAGAAAAAUCGAAUGAUAAAAACGAGGGUGUUACGACGAUACUCUGCCAAUUGUUUAACCGGGGUGCACUAAAGUUUUCCCAAAAGUUACGCCUGACCAGCCCCCUCUCGUUUUUUGAAAACUAUACUCUCUCGCGCGUUCAAUACUUCGAUUUCGUAGAGCAACUAAAAUCGAGUCUUUCAUUCUCUUACUCCUCUUGUUCUGCUUCGACGAACAGAUGAAAAUAUUGGAAAAUAAAGCAAAAAAACAACAACAACAACAACAUUAACACCGGACCAAGUUUAUAUCCUAUAGGUCGACUGUUCUCUUGAGAUAAAUGCCACGUGGAGUUGAUCAUUGUGAAACGGAAAGUCUGAUGUAUUGUGUUGCUAUUAUGUGUAAAUCAAAUGGAACAAAAAUGAAAGCAAAAAUAAAAUAUUGUAGUUUAUUGAACACGGGGGGGAAAAACGAACAAGAAUAAAUUCGGUAGAAAAACGGUUCGGCCGUUCGAUGCAGGCGACUGAGAAACAUAUUUUGGGUUCGAUAAUCCACGAGGGUAGUCGCAUAUCUAGAUGCAAAACGUACACAACAGUUACGAAUAUUUCGAGUGCUAAAGAAACGAGAAUUCGAAUCAAACGGAAUUUUAAAUUCGUUUGGAUUUCAACAUUAUCUUCGAUCGACGUGCCGAAAGAUUUCUUCUUUCCUUCCAUUGACAAAUCAUUUAAUCGUGGUGAUAUUUUACACGUAGUUGAGUUUAGUUUUUUUUCCAGUCUCGCACCGGUUCGUUGUGUGCAUUAAAUAUAGUUUUCGUGAAAAUAAUCGUUUGCCAAGAACGUAAUGUGCGUGUCAGUAUUCGCGAAAUGACCAAAAAAGAGAAAUCUAGAAAAUCAACAUUUUCCGAAGGUUAAAGAAAAUGUAAAACAGUACGAUUUGGACCAAACAUAUUUCCGUUCGUAUCUCACUGUAUUCAGUCUCCCUUUUUUCUCUCUAUGGAGUUAAGGCAUUCGUUGAAAAUAAAAAAAAAAAAAAAAAAAAAAAACGAAGAAAACGUAUUCUUAUCGAUAUCAAAAUAUUUGAGGGGCUUUUUCACGGUUCAACGAUCGAACCUUUACAACGAGUUACUUCAUUCGAGUUCGAUGAUCUAUAUAACCAUUUGUCUUUUCUUCGAUUCACUCCAAUGCUUCACGCACAAAAUCGAAGUGCAAUUGGCAUUGAAUAUCACUAUUUAUUAUCGAUCCUACUGGUCGUGACGAACCCGCUCACCGGGGAAGAAAAAUACUCGUCACGUUCGAAUUUCCAAUAAUGAUAUUCUAACUUAUCUAAAAAGUACACAAGUACAUAUAUCACUGGAGUUUCGUGGGGCUGGUCACGAUCUUAUUUCCUUUUUUAUCUGUAAAUAUAUACACUCUGUCUCUCUCCCUUAAAAACGUUGCUUUUAACGUUAUCGGAGGAAUAAAAAAAUGAAAAAUCAACGUGUAGGUACGAAUGUUAUACAAAUAGUUAAAAUAUUGAAGGAAAUUCAAAUAUAAAACCAAAUACUAUAGAUCUAAUGAUAGCUUGGGUGACAAAAUGUUAAUGAUUAGUUAUUUGUUUUUAGAAACGUAUAUACGAAAAGGAAGGAAAAUGUAUCACCAAUCGGAGAGAACUGUCGUCGUACUGCGACGCUCAGCCUCCUAGUUAAUGUCACUAAUUGUUGCGAAUUAACUCCAGCGAAGAUCCAACUGUCGCCGUAUUAUAUAAAAUCAAUAAAUAAACACUCGAUUAAACGAAAAAUUGAUAAAUGAGAUUUAAAAUGUGAAGAUAUUAGUGAGUUGGCGCGUAUCGCAUCUGCUCCCACUUUAAAUUUAAGCCAAAAAUGUACACGUUUAUUAACUUAUGGGACAUUCCACGCCAACGAACACUUCGAAAUUUUUUAUUUCGUCAAAACUUUGAUUCGGCAUUUUUUAUAUUUUUUUUUUUUUCCAUUCGCGUGUGGGAUUUUUAUUCCGAAAUUUGAUGUUUUUCGAACUGCGUAAACUUCCGGAUAAACGGAGCCUCAAAUUUUCGAUUUAAAAUGGUGGUUUCUGUUGCUCUCUUCCAACAGAAACGAACGCGAAUGAUUAGCGACUGCGAUUCCUAUCCUUCCUCACACUAAGAUGGAAAAUCAUUUCAAGACGUCAGAUUGUUUAAAAUUAUUGCAAAAAAGCUUCGAACAUUCCCGAAUUUAUCAUAUUUUCAAAACAAAUUUAAAAAUCUAUUUGUCCCGAAUCUCCACUAUAAAUAUUCAUCAUUUUGUUCACCAAAAAAAUUACCCCAAGCCAUAUUUUGUUUAAGAAAAUCACCAAAUUCAUUAAUAAUCGAACCCCUUAUUCGUAAUUUCUUAUAAAAUUCGCCAAAUUCAAUGAUUAUCAUGUUUUCAAUUAGAAUGCAAGAUGCUGAGAUAAAAUGUACUUAUACCGGAAUGAACGUAACGAGAAGUCUCGACGAAGGUUGAAAGAUUUUCUUCCUUCCCGCAUCAUCUAAAAUGUUAAUUUGGCCUGGAAUGUCCGAUACAAUAUAAGAAAGUAAUUCGUGUCGUUUUUUAGAGAUGUUUCGCGAAAGAUUGCGACAAAUGUUACUGAAAAUGGAAAAAGUCGCAUAAAACAAUCGUUAGAGAAGUUGGCGAACGAUACAAAGAUGAUACGCGAAACGAUAUCGUUGUCAGGUGUGACACGAAACACGAAAAGGUUGAAUAAACGUAUACAAAAAAAACUAAAACACUAAACCAAAGAAAUAAACAUAAAAAAAUAUCCAAAAUAUAUGAGAAUGGAGAGAGGGAUUGAGACGAGGAUGCACAUUAAGUAUGAGUUUUGUACUGUAAGCGAAAAAAAAUAAGCCAAUUGCGCCAGUAGUUAUAUAAAUAUAAAUACACAUUGUAUGUAAAUACACGAGUUAAUUUGUUCGAAAAUUGUCCAACCGUUGUACCGUGACCUCGCGAUGAUUUUUCAGGGCCCAGCCCUCCGAGGGAGAAAAGAGUGAAAGAGAAAAAAUUGAGAUCCGUUUUUCCUUGUCAAACUCUGGGAUUGAAAAAUGGAUAAAUUUGCAGUAACAACGAAGACGUCGAUCGCGCUUAAGCCUCUAGAAGAUACAUUUUCUCAGUGUCGAACCACAAUAAUCACGAAAGAGUGUGAAGAAACCGUUUGCAGAGUGCAAAACGACGUUAACAUCGUGAAAAGUGAGGAUCCAGGAAAAACAACAAAAAUUCGUUCGCUCUUGUCACGUGACGAAAAACAGAUUCCAGGGCACACGAAUCUCACCCUAAUUUCGAGGUCGUGCCCCAUCGACUCGCAGAAUUUUCAUUCCGGGCGAUAAAAACGGUACAAAAGUUGGUUAAUGCUCAGAAAUAAUAACUCGUUGAUUGUUAUGUUAUUGUAUAGUGAGUAUAAGUAUAUGUUGAGUACAGAACAGAACAGCUGCGUAUUAUAGAAACGUAAUGAUGUGAAACACAUGUUCCUUCUUCCUUUCGCGCUACCUCCGCCCAUAAACCGGUUACGAUUCAUCGAAUUAUAUUUAUAUUCCGACCGAACACAGAAAUAAGGAAAAAACGUAUUGUUAGAGGAAAGAAGAAAAAAAUAAAAAAGAGCAAAUAUAGUAAGACGUGUUACAAGUAUUAUAGUGUCUAUUCCUUGAUUGUAAAUAGAGUUGAUCUAUUCGAGCGGUUGCACAUAUACGGGAUGAGAAAAGCGAGUAUUUUCUUUAUUUUUUCAUUGAAUAAAAGCGCAGUAUAACGAAGGAAAAAUCGAAAAGGAAGAAAGAAGGGAACUCUCUUAAGAUAAGAACUGAAAAAGUUUGACUCGAUCGUUCGAUUUUGGAAUAUAUCGUGUGGGUCGUUGAGCCAAAUUCACCAAACGACGAACGCUCCGUUUUUUUGAGCUCCGUAUCGAUCGGUAUGUGCUUGGAAUAUAAAUUUUUCAAACUUUGUGUUAAACAGCUUCACUGAGUUUCGACAACCGCCAUGGCAUCCAAUCGAUCUCUAUCGUCUCUUUCUCUCGCUGCGCGUAAGCGCGCAUCUUAGUCUUAUAUAAACGCUUGCAUAUAGAAUAAGCUUCGCGGACGACUUGGCCGAUCGGGGAGAGUACGAAUGAAAGUAUCUUUCGCUCUGAUCGACGAGUCUCGCAACGUAUUUACACUACUGAACAUCUUCACAACGAAUACAAACCUGUUUAUUUCAACUCGUCAAUCGAUUCUCGAUUCGAAGUGUAUUCUCCUUUUAUUAACUUGUUUCCUCCGAAGAAAGGCGUCUUCCUCCCGGCAUGGGGUGCGAAUAAUUCGAGUCGAUUUCACUCGGAUUCGAGAAUAACGAGAGUUCAACGAAUGAACGUGCUCGUGAGGUCGAAACUUUUGUCCCGAUAUAUUGAUUGAGAAGAAAAAACCAAAAAACAAAAAUAAUAGAUAAUGGUCGAUCCAUUCGAGACGCACUCUCGUCUCGCCCGGAUCUUUUCUCGAGACAUUGACAAAAUAUGAGAAAGUUUGUUAUGAAAAAUUGAGUUAAUGAAAGGAAAUGCGAAAAUGAUUAAUCGAGUAGCACACACGAGGAUAGUCUCGCGAUUCUCAUGAAUUAGCGAUCGCGUAGAUGUUAUCUAUGUAUUAAGUAUGGAUAAAUGGGAAAAGUUUUGUCACCCUUCUUGGUUCGUACGACUGAGUAAAUAAAAAAAUAAGGAAAAAAGAUAAUCUGAAAAUCCAUGAAGCAUUUUGACGCCGGCUCGAAACGCGCUGUAUGAAAAUAAUUUUUAGCGCGCGAUUUAUAAACGCGACGGAGAUUGCAAUACGAGCCUACACUCAAUAUUCAUUAUUGCGAAAGCACACAUUAUUUAUCCCUCCUCGUUAUCGAUUAUCGUUAUAUGUGCGAAUACAGAUGCAUAACGAUUGGACGCGAUUGAAGAUUUUGUGGAAAGGAGAUGAGAGGGAGGGAUAAAGAAAAAAAUAAGAAAACGCGUUGAUCGUUGAUGCGUCUGAAAAUCUCACCGAGAAUUCUCUGGACAGAGCGCCAUCUUGAAAUAUUCCUCGGCAAGGAGGAAUUCUCGGUGAAAAUGCGUUGACGCAUGAUUAUUUCGGAACGUCAGAUCCAUCAGCGACCGUAGAAUAAUCGUAGGAUCAUUAUGUACCAAUAUUUCGUUGAUUAAACAAAAUGAUAAAUAAACGAUCGGAAUCCGCACUGUUGGACAUCCGUUGACCGAUCGAGUGGAGAAAGCACGCGAUAUGAUUGACUAAAGAAUACAAAUAAAAAAUAUAUUAAUUGAUGGGAAAAAAAUUAAAAUUAAAAAAUUAAAAAAAUUAAAAAACAAAGAAAAGACAAGAAUCAAUUAAUUGUAAUUGAAUCGAAAGUGCAAAAUAUACAUACAUUGAAUGUUGUUUA